UUGAAACCGCUCGAGCCCGAGACCGAAGACGACGACGAGCUAAACGGCUCUCCACGGCGGCGUGUAACAAGCACGAAGAGGAAGAAAAGGAGGAAAAGAAACAGCACCCAGUUUGGGAAACCCGCCAGAAGAAGCGGAAUUUCAUGCUCUGUACGUUUUAAAGACACAUUUGUGCCGGUGUCUGAUACCCUUCUCGCUUUUAGCCGGCAUUUGCUAGCUAAUUUUCGACCUGCAUGUUCGUGUUCAGUGAGCUGCCAUAGCUCGGAGUUGCAUCAGAGAGGCAGACUUUGAGUUUUUUCCCUCCUCAUCCUCCCCUUUCCCCGAUUGGCACGAACUUGAAGACGAGUGACACGUCAAGUAUGGGAUUAUCACGGUGAUGUGGAUUGUAAUUCCGUUUGAAGAAAUCCUCGAUUUACUUCAGAACAAUGUGAGAGGAUUCGCCUCCUGGGUUCUCACGUUUCUGGAUAUUUUGAAAACUGUGAGCAACGGCUGAGAGACCUUCUUUCUUUUUCCCUCAGGUGUCUCGCCUUCGUGUGCCUUGUUGGGACCAAAAGAAAAAAAUGGGAUUCUCGCCAGUUUAAGCUCUCUGAUCCCGUUUGGAAGUUCUCCCCAUGUCUACCCCAUUUUCAGAGACCCUCUCCAAUGCUUUUGAAAAAGUUCGCCUAUCGUCGGAUAGGAUUUUAAACAGACUUUCACGCUUUGCCCUUUCAAUCAUGAACUUUGCUGUCCGCUUGCUGCAGCUGUUUUGUGUGACGCUUCUGUAUUUUUCAGCUGUAAAGAGUGCCUAUAUCCCCAAAGAGAGUGGAGGAAGUACAAAUGACGUGGUAUCCUUUACUGAGGUAUACAAUAAGUCAAUGUGUCGGCCGCGGGAGCUGCUAGUGGAGGUCCAGCAGGAGUACCCAGACGACAUUGAGCACAUCUUCAUUCCGUCCUGUGUGGUGCUCAUGCGCUGUGCCGGCUGCUGCAAUGACGAGAUGCUGGAGUGCAUGCCUAUGAUUACGCACAACGUUACCAUGGAGAUACAAAGAUUAAAACCCCUACGCAACAAAGGCAUCUCUUUAAUGAGCUUCACAGAACACAUUGAAUGCCAAUGCAGGCUAAAGAAAGACAUCCAGGACAAGACAGAAAAAAAACCCCGGAAGGGCAAAGGGAAAGGUCAAAAGCGAAAGCGAAAGAAAAACCGUGACAAAAAGCAGGACUUUAGUCACUGUCAGCCAUGCUGCAGUACCUGUUCUGAGAGGAGAAAAAGGUUGUUUGUUCAGAACCCAGAGACGUGCCAGUGUUCCUGCAAACACUCAGAGGCAGACUGUAAACUAAGGCAACUCGAGCUCAAUGAAAGGACAUGCAGAUGUGACAAGCCAAGAAGAUGAUUUGGAGAUCAGCCUACAUUAUACAAACAUAAAUAUGGAUUCUGGGAUGAAGGAAUGCUAAUAAUGUGUAGCACAGCACUUUGAACCUUAAACUUUGACCUGUCAACUCUGGACUCUGGAAGCAUUCCCCCUGAACUAACUGAGGAAAGUGUGCACGAGAAAGUAAAUGAAAUCUGCCCCCUGUAUAUUUCUACAAAUAUGUAUAUUUAGCAAAUAUAUAAGAACUGAAAAGUACAAUAAGAGUAGAAUGAAUUGCUGCUAAAGAGACUGAACAUAAGGGUUCGACGUGUCAAGUGACGUCUCAUUACAUUUGGCUAAUGUGUGGCUUUUGACAAAAAUCAAAAUCACUCAUUGGGCUUCAUCACAUCACUGGAUUGGGGGAGGCGGGGCAAUAUAUGCAUAAACAAAACAGACGUUUAAAAAACAGUCACAGGAAAAAUGUCAUGUCACUCAACAGCACAUCAAAAAGCAGUGGAGUUUGUGAUGAUCAGCUAUUUAGACGAUGCAGUUUUCAACAACUUGUUCUGCAGGUUUGCAGUGUCAGGGGCAAUGUAUCUUUUUGAUGGAGACUAUGUGAAAUCUUCAGGUUCCAGAAUUUUCCUAAGCAUUUGCACCAAGCCAUUUUCUGCAUGGAAAGAUCAUCAUGUGUGCAUCUGCUUUCAUAAAGGGAUAUUCGUUAUUCAGUAUGGAAACCACUUUGCCCAAAUUCUGUGACUUGACUUCAUUCUUUAUUGAAAGACAUGACUACUUGAGAUUAUAAUGACCGGUUUCUGUAAACUUUUGUGAUUGUUUUUUUCUCGUACAGCCUGCAGUGAAACACAAUGUGGACAAUUUUAAAACAAGAGGUCAUUUCAAUGUUCAUUGCUAAUAUCCUUUCUCUUGACACCCCAGAGUCCAUAAUUUAAGAUCUUUAGUAUAUUUUAGUAUUCUUGCUCUCUGUAUUUAAUUGGAUCUAUUUAUGUGCAGUGUUAUGUUAUUACUUUUUUCCUCAGUAUUUGGUGGUCAGAAAAAUGCUUCUUCAUUUUUACUGUACAUGAGGAAAUAACAUUCCCAUGACUCAUCAUGUCUAUUUCUCAAUUAGCCUCAAAAAGUUUUUCACUGCAUGUGUAUGCUUUGUGUGAUUUGUGUUGUGAUUGUGUGUGUGAAGAAGUGUGUAUGUGGUUUGACUGAAUGAGACCUGUGUGUGGGCCUUAAACGCUCCAUACCUUCAACAAUAAAACAUGGCCAAAAGAAAUCAUAUGCCACCAAA